AUGUCCGAGUACUAUGCUUCUGGGUCGACGUCAGGAUACACGGCGCCCAGAAACCUUAAAAGGUGCAGGAGUAUGAAGAGCGAUGAAGAAAUCAAUGCCCAAGGCCCGCUUGAGGUGACUGGCUCGAUAGAGUCAGGACGCGGAGUCAACCUCCAGGGAAACAUCUCCGUCCGAGGAAAUAUCGAUGCCUAUGGCAAUAUCACUUCUAGGGGGGAGAUAAGUUGCCAGGGACAAAUCAAGGCAUACGGCAAUAUCUUGGUAAACGGUUACCUAGCCUGCGGUGACAAGAUCAUCGGAUAUGGAAAGCUGAGGGUCGAGGGCACCCUGGAGGGGGUAGAGCUCGAGAUUUGGGGGAACUUGAUCAUCAUUGGCUUCCUAAAAUGCAGACGUCUGGUUCUGUACGGCUCAUUGACUCUCAUUGGGCCAGAUUCCGCCUAUCUCGCAGAAGAAUCUGAAGAAAUUGCGGGGGCCAAGCUGAUGCGGGACUCGGAAGCAGAUUGGGAUUGGUGA